GCGGCGGCCCUGAGCAGGGAAGCAGCCGCCUCAGCCCAGGCAGCAGCAGCAGCAGCAGCAGCAGCAGCGGGAACCCAGCCUGGGACCACCUGCCAGGACUCAGGAGCAGCUGCAGCAGGGAAGAUGCGCCCAAGGCAGGCAGUCCUUUGGUGAAAUCCUAGGAAAUGGAUCCAUUCUGCUUGAAAUCUUUGCUUUGAACUACUUCAUGUGGUUAAUUUACUGAAGACUGUACACUGGAGUGGGCAGGGGCAAAGACUGGCAACUUGCUGUUUGUAAAACUUGGAAGUUCUCCCUGCUAUGGAAGACAGGGAGAAACAGCAGGGGGUCCCACCAGAGACUCAGGAAGACAGCAUCAGCAGCACGAGACCUUUGCCUGGUGGAUCCGUGACUGUCAAGGGGGAGAUAAAGAAACAUGCAGUUACAGAUGACUACAAAAUCUCCAAGCAGGUCCUUGGCCUUGGCAUUAAUGGCAAAGUACUGGAGUGUUUCCACAAGGUGACAGGGAGGAAGUGUGCUUUGAAGCUCUUAUAUGACAGCCCAAAAGCACGACAAGAGGUGGACCAUCACUGGCGGGCUUCUGGCUGUCCCCACAUUGUCCACAUCCUGGAUGUUUAUGAAAAUAUACAUCAUGGGAAGAGAUGCCUACUGAUCAUCAUGGAAUGCAUGGAGGGAGGGGAACUGUUCAGCAGGAUCCAGGAGCGAGGAGACCAAGCAUUUACAGAAAAAGAGGCCUCUGAAAUAAUGAGAGACAUUGGAACAGCCAUCCAGUAUCUACAUGGGAUGAAUAUAGCCCAUAGAGAUGUCAAGCCAGAAAAUCUGCUUUAUACAUCUAAAGAGAAGGAUGCAGUGCUCAAGCUCACCGAUUUUGGAUUUGCCAAAGAGACAACCAUACAGAAUGCACUACAAACCCCAUGUUACACUCCAUACUAUGUAGCCCCAGAAGUUCUUGGUCCUGAGAAGUAUGACAAAUCCUGUGAUAUGUGGUCUCUCGGUGUCAUCAUGUAUAUUCUCUUGUGUGGAUUCCCCCCAUUCUACUCCAACACUGGCCAAGCCAUUUCUCCAGGAAUGAAGAGGAGAAUUCGGAUGGGACAGUAUGGAUUUCCAAACCCUGAAUGGUCAGAAGUAUCCGAUGAAGUGAAGCAGCUAAUUCGCCAGUUGCUUAAGACGGACCCAACUGAGAGGAUGACAAUUUCUCAAUUUAUGAAUCACCCUUGGAUUAAUCAAUCCAUGGUGGUGCCACCAACCCCUCUUCACACUGCCCGUGUCCUACAGGAAGAUAAAGAUCACUGGGAUGAAGUAAAGGAGGAAAUGACGAGUGCCUUGGCAACCAUGAGGGUGGACUACGACCAAGUAAAAAUUAAAGAUUUGAAAACCUCUAACAAUCGUCUCCUCAACAAACGGCGCAAGAAGCAAAAACAAGGAGGCACCUCUUCAGCAUCUGCCGGUUGUAACAACCAAUAAAGAAAAGAGGAAGGAUAAACAUAAAAAAAACCAGUUACUCCAACAGGGUUCAGCUCACCUUUGCACCAAAAACAAAUGGUACCUCUCUGAAAUAUUGAUGAGUGUGAUCUGCAGCGAAGAUGCAAUGAGGCAUCUAACAUAUUAUAUUCUGAGACUUUUUAUUUUUGCAUUCAGUUUUGUCUAAGAGGGAUUUAUUUGUUUUUAUUUUUCUUUUACAUUGUAAUAGACAUUGCCUAAUGUGUUCCUGAAAACUAUAGAAUUCCAGUGAAGCUUUAUUUGAGUAGGUGGUUCUUGAAGCAAUGCAGGUUCAAAAUCUAGCUAUGCUUAAGCAUAUUUAAAUCUCCUGUUUUUAAAGUGAAGAGAUUUAAGUGUGGGCUAACAGAAUUCAGUGGGAUGUAAAACUGCUUAACCUUGGCUGGAUUAUGUCCAGUGUGUUUAGGAGAAAUGAACCCUACUAUGGUAUAGGCCUCAGGAGCAGAAAGCUCAGAGUAUUAUGUGAAGACUGUUCACAUGUUCCUUCUUAGUCUUCAUUUUCCUCUCCUUUAUUUUAGUUCUAGUGAUAACGCUGCUAACUAGCAGAAUUUCUGUCUGAACAUGGAAGCAUUGCUUUUGAUUUUCCAAGAAAAUAUUUACAGGGAAGCCUUAAGGGAUUAUUAAGCCAUGGUUCCAUAUUCACACAUUUCUUCGACUGAAAGCAAUUCAUAUAGGAAUGUACAUGAAAAGAAGAUGUGGAUUGUCAUGUGUGGUGAUAGCAGACAUUUCUGUUUCACUGUUGUGCCAUGCAAAGGGAAAGUACAAUUGGUCAUGUCUUCCUGGUGAGCAUACAUGUAGCAAACUAGCUGUGAGUGCAGUCAUUACUUGUUAGGAUUCAGCUGAUCCAUUUCCUUACUCUACACAUAAACCAACAUUAUUCUUAGCAGAUAAUUUUCUCAGGCAGUGGCCAGCAUCCAGUGAUGUAGUUUACUAGAUCCCUCUUCUGCCAAAAUCUGUGGUGCUCCUUCACAUCUCAGUUCCCACCACCUUAUCCCCAAACAAGAAAUGCCUGAUCUAGAGGAUUGAGAAACCACCUGGAACUGGUUUUUGUCACCGCAGAGAGUUUCAGGAGGAGGAGAUGAAUAGGGAGAUACACCACAGGCUUUGAAGUAAACCACUGAAUCAUGGAAAUUGCACCAUUAAAUCUUGGCCAGAAUUUAAUAAGACUGUUUUGUUUUUAAAUUAAAUUAUUUAAUUUGUUUUGUUUUGUUUUGUUUUUAAGUAUAGAAUAAACUGCAGCCAUUAUAAUUUAAUCAUUGGUUGUGUUAAAUCCCCAAAACACCAAUUUGUACAAAAAACUUCAAGAUAUCAGUUGAAAGAGCAUCCUGUGUGGGCCAGAAGAAAGCCAGUAUGUUUGGUUCCCUUUUGAAACUAGAGUAUCACCUUCCAGUUCCUCCAGCAGUUUUGAUUUCUGACAUGCCAUUCUAUUCACUGGGCUUGUAACAGUCACAUGUCAGAUUGUGCACCCUGUGUUGUUCUGGUGAAAGCCAUGAAAAAAGUGUGAACAUGCCAAGAAUGCUCCUAAUCCAAGGAACCAAUCACACACAGGAGGAUGCCUACAUAGAAGUGCAUCCUGCCCUAUUUUUCCACAUAUGUGAGCUUUACUUGAGCCUAGUAAGAAGAACACUCUGCAAAAUACCUCCCUGGAUUCCCAGUUGUGCUGUUGCUUUGAAAAGAUGUGAGAUAGAAGGAGUCUUCUCUGAUCUCCAACCUCAGUGCAGGUUAGAAAAAUUGCAGGAAGCAUCUGAAUUUCUGAGGGGGCUUUAAGUAAAAGUGGCAUUCCCCCACCCCCAUACAUCCACUGUGAUUCAGAGCAGAGAAAAACAGAUGACUGUUCCUGCUCCUUAUGCCUUCAAAGUGCUGCAUGAUUAAAAACUAUCUCUCAGGGCCUCCAUGCUUGCCAAACAACCUGAGACGUGUGACUAGUAAGCCAAAUCUAGCCAGUAUUUGUGGAGCCUUGCAUCAAAAACUCAUGUCAGAAUUACAGAUGGUGGAUUAUAAUGGUAAUGUGAGGCUGCAGUGCCUGAGAGCUCUGCUCAUCACUAGGUGCCUCCCUUUGACCUGCAAGUAGAUGUUGCAUACAAACCAAAAUGCACUGGAUAAAUUUACUGUUUCUUGAUUGUUUAUGAUAUAUUAACAUUUUGCAUAA